UUUGUUUGUUUAGGUGUACUUUUCGGUCGCCCGUGUACAUAACAAUUAAAUUUAUUAAUUCGCAUUACAUUCGUUUCUUACUAAGUUUACCACAUUUUUACGUUAAAAAACGAUGUGAUCUAGCUUUUAGCAGUCAGUAAAAAAAAUGUUUUCGAUAAAAAUGGAUUGGUGUAAAGUGUCUGUUAUUAUUGUUCUUCUAAACGUAUUUGGGAUAUGCCAAGCGUAUUUCGAAGCGUGCGAUUCAACAAUCAACGUCGAUGCGGGUCAAACAAUAUCUCUUCAAUCACCAGGAUAUUCUGCUGGAUACGGAUAUGCCCCAGGAUCAUCAUGUAGGUAUACGAUUGUAGCGCCGAGUGAAUACCAGGUUCGAGCAACCUGUUCUAUCAACUUGUCUGACCCAUCGAAUGGAAGUUGCUCCAGUGAACGAUUUUAUUUUGCAACAGAUGGCAGGAAAGAUCUGAGUACGUCUGUGUACUAUUGUGGCGCGAAAACUAUCGGUCUUACAUCACAGGGAAAUCAAAUGGUUCUAGCGUAUAUCAGUACUGUGAACAAUGGAAUAUUCGACUGUUCAAUAACUACCGUUUGUGACUGUGGGUGGUCGAUUAGUAGUCGUAUUGUCGGUGGUACUACAGCUGGUGUGAACGAAUUUACGCCUAUGGCUGCGCUUGUGGACACGUAUACUUAUAAAAUUUAUUGUGGCGCCACAAUUGUUUCUUCCAAAUAUGUUGUAACUGCGGCUCACUGUCUGAAAGUGACUACACCUUCAAAUACUACGGUCCUAGUUGGGGACCAUAACAUUAAAACAGGAAAUGAAACGAAUUACGCGGCCGUAUAUAUAGUGAAACGAUUCGUACCGAAAACUGACUACUCACCUACAACUAAUCUAAAUGACAUUGGCUUAGUGGAAACCGUUAAUCCAAUAUUGUGGUCGAGAGGUGUGUCUCCUGUUUGCUUACCGUUUUACUAUACGUCAGCGGAUUUUUCCGGAACGACCCUAACUGCAACCGGAUGGGGCUCAACGUCUUUCGGUGGGCCAGUAUCUGAUGUACUUCUAAAAGUAGAUCUAAACGUGCUGAGCAAUACAAAUGCACAAUGUACAUCUACUUAUCCGAAUGUUGCAUCGUCACAGAUGUGUACAUAUUCAUCGCAGAAGGACACUUGUCAGCGUGAUAGCGGUGGACCGUUAUUCUACCGUGGACCAACUGAUCCCAGACUUUUCUUAGUUGGACUAGUUAGUCUUGGUGAAGGUUGCGGUGGUUCCAAUCCCUCACUUAAUUCUAGAUUGACAUCUUUUCUGACCUGGAUCGAAAGUAUUACUGGAACAGGAGUAUUAUGUCGCCGAGCGUUAGCAUAAUAUUGAAAAUAAAGAACGAAGUUCUUG